CAAACAAAAAAAAAAUUAAAAAAAAAAAAUCCUAUACGAAAAAAAAGGGCGAAAGAAAUGCGGAAGUGCAUUAAAUAAAUUAAAAAUUUAUAAAACCAAUGAAAAAUUAAAACACACACAAAUAAUUCGAUAUUAUUUUAUAUAACAUAUAAAUUAUAACAAAACAACAACAAAAAAAUGGCAAUAAAAUUCGACCAACAAAAGACCAAACAGCAACUUUUUCAUCUGUCCAUCAGUCUGGCCACUGUGCUCGUUUGCAUGACUUACAUGCAAUUCCGCCGAAAUUGGGCACAUGUCGGCAAGUUUUGGGAAUCAUUCAUUAUUCCAAUUGUUUUUACCGGAGAGCUACUAAAAGUAAUUCUCGCUAGAUACUGCGGUCGUUUGGAAACAAGCAAUCUCACAGCCAAACAACGACAGAAAAAAGCUGCCUACUUUUCGGCCCGUGAAAUAUUUGGUGGACUUUUAAUGCAGUUCUUAUGUACCAUGUUGUAUGCGUUUAUAUGCAUCAUCUUGGGAGCACCCGUCCUUCAAAACUAUGAACAGACUUUUGUUCUAGCCAUGGUUUUGACUCUAAUGACCGUUUCACCGACUGUCUUCCUCUUGGGCGGAGGUGGCUCUUUGCAAGUUUGCUUCUGUGAAAAGGUAGAAUUUCUUACCAAGAGCGAAGAGAUUUCAUUGGAUUUGUUCAAGUACAAUGCAGUGGGAGCGAUUUUUGGGGCUUGGGCUGGAUCUGUUGUGGCUCCAUUGGAUUGGGAUCGCGAUUGGCAAGUUUAUCCUAUUCCCAAUGUUGUGGGUGCAUUGCUUGGAUGUGGAUUGGGUAAUAUCUAUGCGUGCUCUAAGGUAUUGUACUCAACUGCUAAGGUUUAUUAUAGCAAGAAGCGAUCGUAAAUUAUAGCCGCGUAAUGCCCUUCCCCCGGGAUAGUGUUCUAGUCACAACCAAAACAAAAAUAAUGAAACGAAGACAACGUGUUCAACAAAAUUAAAAGCAAAAAACAAUAAAAUUUAAGCAUUUCUUUUUCUAAACUUUAUUAUUACGAUUAUUGUAUAUUUCAUUCAUCUUCUCCAAUCAAUAAAAAAAAACAAAAAAAAUUGUGUGUGUCAAUCGUA